AUGUUUGAGGACGAAAGUCUUCGAUUUAAGAAGGUUUUUGAUGCAUUGCUUCUGAGGGAAUUCGGACAGGGGACAUGGGAAAAAUUCGACGUAAGGAGUGGAUCUUUGAACCGCAGUUCGAGCUUCAAUUCGAGCGGAAGAGGAAGCGGUGGAAGUGGCUGCGAUGGCGAAGAGCCUUAUUCCGACGUCUCGCUUGAAGAGGACGUCAUAGAUCUCAAUCACAAGGUCUCUUUGCCGCUCUGUUUCGAUGACAACGAACGAUUUCGUAUUCUAGUAAAUUUGCUGCAGGAGCAGAUCUCUGCGUUGGCCGACAACCAGAAUACAACUGACGAUCGGUACCAGAAGGUCAAGCAUGAGAACUCGACACUGAACUCCAGAAUCCAGAUGCUGGAGGAACAAUUGAGAGAGCUUGAGAUGCGAGGGGAAGACCAGUUGGUGAGCGAGCAGAAACGAUGCCGUGAGCUGGUCGCGAGAAUCGAGCGCGAGAAACAGCUCGAGCUCGAAAACUAUCAAGUCAGGCUGCAGUCCAUGGAGCAGAAGGGGACUUCCUUGGAGCGCGAACUUGAAAGAAUGCAUCACCAGGCGGAUUUGUUGAAACAGGAAAAGGCUAGAGCAGUUGCCGAACGAGACGAGGCCGAAUCUGCUCUGCAGAAUUUGCAAUCUGAACAUCAGAGCUUGCGGGAUCUGUAUCGAAAGCAGCUGGAGCAGUUCUCCAAUGAAAAGCAGCUGACCAACGAGGUUCUGCAAGAGAUGUCCCGGGAAUUGGAGAGUCUCCGGUCCGAAAAAGAUGUCAAGAGCAUGGUUUGCAAUGGUGGCCAACGUCGAGGAAUUUCUCCGUCGAGCGGUAGUGGCUUUUCCUGCACUGACGAGGAAGAGUGCACCGACGGGAAACGUCGUCGUCGUCGUCGGAAACGUCGUGGGGAAAAUCGCGUGGACAACCACAGCAGUGCGCAUUCGGAAACCACCUCGUCACGACUUCGCGAUCUUGAGGACGAACUCCGUCGUUUGAGAGAGGAAAACAAAGGGCUUGUGGAACAGAAGGAAGAGUUGCAGGCCCAGUUACUGUCCAGUGGCCUAGAUCAGGGUCGGGAACUGCUAAAUCAAAGCGCUCUUGGAGGAGAAGCUUCGUUGGCCAUGGAACUGGAGGAGUUGAGCACGGACGAGGUAGCAUGUGACUCUAGUGCGUAUAGCGUUUCCUUUGUGAAGUUCCUGGAAAGUUCCUCAUUUUUUGGCUUUUAUUUGACUUGUGAUGAGCAGAUGAAGGAAGCACUGAAGGAGCAGAAGGAGGUCAAUUUUCGUCUCAGAGCCUACAUCGACGGCAUUUUGCUCAACAUUGUUGAGCAUUACCCGCAGUUACUGGAGAUCAAGACGCCGUCUCCAGCUGCAGAUGAAGGUGUGACAGCGUUUUCUGGCCAUCCGUUUAGGAAGGAGCAGUUGGCAUGGAAGAUAUCUUCCAUAGCUGUGAAUGAGCUCGGAUCCGUCCAAUCGCCUUUGCCUGACAAAGGGGGACUAGCAAUCUGA